AUGAGCGAAGCUAGACCAAAGACAUUCUUUGACAUAUCAAUUGGUGGGGAACCAGCGGGAAGAAUUGUAUUUGAACUAUAUUCUGAUGUUGUGCCAAAAACAGCUGAGAAUUUCGUGAAAUUGUGUGAAGGCAAAUCUGGAUUUGCUAAAACGAAGCCAGAUGUACCACUUUCAUACAAGGGUUCAAUAUUCCACAGAGUUAUUAAAUCAUUCAUGUGCCAAUUUGGUGACUUCACCAAUUUUGACGGCACUGGUGGUGAAUCUAUAUACGGUGAGAAAUUUGAAGAUGAAAACUUCACCAUAAAACAUGACAAACCUUUCUUGUUGUCUAUGGCUAACGCCGGAGCUAAUACCAAUGGUUCCCAAGCAUUCAUUACUUGCGGUCCAACUCCUCAUUUGAAUGGAAAGCAUGUCGUCUUUGGUGAAGUGAUCCAGGGUAAAAGACUAGUUAGAGUCAUCGAGAAGAUUGAAACUGAUGACUACGAUAAGCCAAAAAAGGAAGUAAAAAUUGAGGACUGUGGUAUUUUACCAUCAGACUACCAAGUUCCAGCUGAUGCCGAAGCAACUCCUGCCGAUAAAUACGGUGACAAUUACGAGGAAAAUCUCUCAGAUGAUAUAAAGGUUGAUUUGAAAGACGUCAACAGUGUUUUAAAGGCAGUAGAAGCUGUAAAAGCGAUCGGGACACAACAAUUCAAAGAGAAGAACUUUGAGGUGGCCCUAGAAAAGUACGAAAAAAGUUCAAUUAUGUUGAGACAAUUCUUCCCUGAAGAUUUGCCAGAAGAAGAUAUCUUGAGAGUUGAUACUUUGAGAGUAUCUAUAUUUUUGAAUAUCGCUGUGACAGCAUCUAAAUUGAAAAAUUACAGCAGGACCCUCAGUGCAGCUACAGAAGCCCUUCACGCAGACAACAUAAACGAUAAAUCAAAGGCAAAAGCAUUAUAUCACCGUGGUUUGGCCUACUACAAUACUAAAAACCCUGAAAUGGCUGUAACUGAUCUCGAACUUGCAAGUUCAUAUGAUGCACAGAAUGCAGCCAUUCAAAAAGCUCUACAAGAAGCUAGAGUUGCUAGCAAAAAACUCCUAGAACAACAAAAGAAGUCUCUAUCGAAGAUGUUUGGUUAG